AUGUGCUACUACGGAGGAUAUUAUGGAGGCCUGGGCUAUGGCUGUGGCUAUGGCUGUGGCUAUGGCUGUGGCUAUGGCUGUGGCUAUGGUGGCUAUGGUUAUGGCUGCUGCCGUCCACUGUGCUGUGGAAGAUACUGGUCUUAUGGCUUCUACUGA